AGUCUGACCCUGACGACUGACAUUGAGAUUCACAAUAAAGUCAAUUGCGUUCGGAAUGAGCUUCUUUUCUCUCUGUCUAUUUUGGUUCAUCUCCACUCUCCCACAUUGAAAUUCAACCUAAAAUAUAAAUUCCUAAAAAUCCAUUUGUUAGUUUGUCAAGCUCUAUCGAUAGAUGGAACUAUGAAAUCACGUUCUUGUUCAAGGUGAUGAACUGUUUGACAUUCUUUUGAGGAGCACGACCACGUCUGGAUGUGGGUUUUCUUUGAUUCUGCCAAAGAUCACAAAUUUCAAUUUGGGUGAGUCGCCGUCAGUGGUAGCUUAAUUGCGUACAACAUGUUCGACGAAAUUCCUCAAUGAAGUGUUCUUUCUAACCAGUAGCGAUCUGGGUUUUGAAAAUGAAACGAGGUCGAUCUUCCAAGAGCCCAAUCGCGUUUAUUGUUGUAAUCGUUUCAAUUUCUUGCUUUUUGGUGUUGAUUCUUUCGGUUCUUAGACUUCCAGACAUAUCAUUCAGCAAUGGUGCCAGAACUACAAUCAAGCUCAAGAAAUUGAGCAAAAUUCCAGAGAACGGUGAGAGGAUAGGAACGUUUGCUACCAUGAUGAUCGAAAUGUUGCCUCAAGAUCUUCCAUUUACGAUCUUUGUUCCUUCAAAAUUAGCUUUUGAGCGUGAUUUGCGAUUAGGGGUAAAUGAUAGUUUGUUGGGGGAAAAAGCAAAUGAUACAUUUGCAAUACUUACCCGUGUAUUGAGCUUCACAGUUGUCCCAUGGAAAAUUCUUUCAGAGUCUGUGCCAUACAGUAGAGAGAUAACCUGCGAUUCUUUAUCUGGAUUAAAGCUUUAUGUAUCAAAAGAUCCUGAUGAAACGCUUAUAGUUAACAGGAUUCGAUCAAAACAGGUAGAUUUGAAGAAGAACGAGAUAGUUAUUCAUGUCAUGGAUGGGGUGAUUAUGGAGGCUGACUUUGAACAAUCUGUUCGGCCUGAUGAUGAUCAUGAUCAAGAUUGACAGACUUUAAAUUACUCUUUAGAAUGCAAUCUUUUUUGGUUUACAUGUAAUGUUUAUGAUGUAUAGUCUGAUAGUUUAUGGUUUUUAUGCAAAGAUCAACUGUAGAAAGUACCAUAAACUGGUUGGCAUUGCUGUUCUAUUUACACAAAGUUCACAACAAA